AUGGCGCCUUUGAUUACUCCAGUCCCGUCGUUCGAGACGGCGCGAGAGGUCAUCUCGCAGUCGAGAAAUUCCAAAUUCGCCCCAAACUUGCUGCCAGUCACUGCUUCGAUCCCUGCCGAUCUCUUGACCCCUACAUUGGCCUACCUUAAGCUUGCUGAGAAUUCUCGUUUGUCAUUUUUGUACGAGAGCGCCGCGACCACGGAGACUAUCGGACGAUACAGUUUUGUUGGCGCAGACCCCCGAAAAGUUAUCAAGACCGGUCCAGGCCAUGGUCCGGAGGCUGAUCCUCUGCCCUACCUGGAAGAGGAGCUGUCCCAGUUCCGCGUUGCCACUGUUCCAGGCUUGCCGAAGACUGCCCGGCCCAUGAAGGAUGUGCUGGGCGUUCCGGAAUCAUUCUUCAUGCUCUACGACACUAUUGUUGCUUUUGAUCAUUUCUUCCAGGUCGUCAAGGUCAUCACCUAUGUCCCGAUCCCCGAAUCGGAUGCCGACAUCGAGGCCGAAUACCGCAAGGGAGAGCAGAUCAUCCAGAAAACCAUUGACACUUUGCUGCAAGACCGCACACCAAUGCCGCCGCAAGGCCCUAUCAUUCAGAACCAAGAGUACACCUCCAACAUCGGUCAGGAGGGCUACGAGAACCACGUGAAGGUCCUGAAGGAGCACAUUGGCAAGGGCGAUAUCUUCCAGACCGUGCCCUCACAACGGCUGUCUCGGCCAACAUCUCUCCACCCCUACAACCUUUUCCGCCACCUCCGCACUGUCAACCCCUCUCCCUACCUGUUCUACAUCGACUGUCAAGACUUCCAGCUCGUAGGAGCCAGCCCCGAGCUCCUCGUCAAGGAAGAGCGCGGCCGGAUCAUCACCCACCCAAUCGCGGGUACCGUGAAGCGCGGCAAGACUCUCGAAGAAGACACCGCGCUAGCCGACGAGCUGCGCAGCAGUUUGAAAGACCGAGCUGAGCACGUCAUGCUGGUGGAUCUAGCCCGUAACGACGUGAACCGUGUAUGCGACCCGAUGACCACCCAAGUAGACCGCAUGAUGGUCGUCGAGAAAUUCUCCCACGUCCAGCACCUCGUCUCGCAGGUCUCCGGCGUCCUACGUCCCGGCAAGACCCGUUUCGACGCUUUCCGCUCAAUCUUCCCCGCUGGUACCGUCUCCGGUGCGCCCAAGGUGCGCGCCAUGCAGCUGAUCGCUGAGCUCGAGCGCGAGAAGCGUGGCGUCUACGCCGGUGCCGUUGGAUACUUCGGUUACAACAUUGCCAACAGCGACGGAUCCAAAGAGGACCCCGGUGCUAUGGACACCUGUAUUGCGCUUCGCACUAUGAUGGUCAAGGAUGGUGUUGCCUACCUGCAGGCUGGUGGUGGUAUCGUCUUCGACUCUGACCCGUACGACGAGUAUAUCGAGACCAUCAACAAGCUCGGUGCGAACAUUGCUUGUAUUCGUGGCGCGGAGGCGAAGUAUCUCAGCAUGGAGAAGAACUAG